GAGAUUUACAGAUUAUUGUUUACAUUGCAAAAACAUGAGAACCGAACCGAUCCGGAUUAAACGUGAAAUAAUCGCAAUAACAGAACUACCGUGACAUAUUUUGCCGAAGAAAGCAUCUGGAGGCGAACUUUGUUUUGAUCGAGCUCAGAAUCUGACUGGGAGCUUGUCUCGGCCAGCCGGGGAGAGAAAGGCAGCCCGCCUUGAGAAAUCAUUUCUGCACAUCGGUGGAAAUGGCGAAAUAGACGUUGGCGGUAGUGCGGUAUUAGAGAGAGCUGAGGCCGGUGUGGAGCGGCGCUGGGGGAGCGGGGUGUGAUGGCGGGAAUCGCCGCGUAGACUCCGUAGGAAGGCGCAUUCGGGACACCCGCGAGUUCCGGAGGCCUCGAAGGGAGUCUUCACGGCUCGUGCCCGCGUCUGGAGCGUUCGCGAUCAGCACGCGAGGGACGUGGAUGUGGAUGAGGCCUGGUCCGGGAGGGUCCGCCUAGCACCGGGGAGACGGGACGACCACCGACCCUCCGGAGGGUUUAACACACCAUGAUGGAAGAACUGCAUAGCUUGGACCCCCGGCGGCAGGAGCUGUUGGAGGCUCGCUUCACAGGAGUUGGUGUGUCCAAGGGUACAGGUCAGAAUGAGUCAUCCAAUCAGAGUCUAUGCAGUGUGGGUUCUCUCAGUGACAAAGAGCUGGAGACUCCAGAGAAAAAGGCGAAUGACCAGAGAGCCAGAAAACGGAAAGCGGACCCCUAUGACAGCAGCCAAGGCAAAGCAGGAGCAAGGGGACAUAAGAUUAGUGAUUAUUUUGAGUUUGCAGGAGGUAGUGGUCCUGGUACCAGUCCAGCCAGAGGGAUCCCACCUGUGGCCCGCUCAUCCCCUCAACAUUCCCUCUCCAACCCCCCUGUCAUGGUGCAGCAGGGAAGUCCUUCUUCCAUAAGCUCAAUCAACACAGAGCACUCGUCAUGUUCCCUUAAGCCUACUUCUUUUCACUUGCUCCACAAAGCCACACAGUCCGACCUUACCAUUGAGAAACUCACAGCAAUGGAGAAUAACAAGAACUCUGACCUGGAAAAGAAAGAGGGCCGAAUAGAUGACUUACUGCGGGCUAACUGUGAUCUGCGGAGACAAAUUGAUGAGCAGCAGAGAAUGCUGGAGCGAUACAAAGAACGCUUAAACAAAUGUGUAACCAUGUCCAAGAAGCUGCUGAUUGAGAAAUCGAAGCAGGAGAAGAUGGCAUGCAGAGAUAAGAGCAUGCAGGAUAGACUUCGACUCGGUCACUUUACCACAGUAAGACAUGGAGCCUCUUUCACUGAGCAGUGGACAGACGGAUAUGCCUUUCAAAAUCUCAUCAAGCAACAGGAAAGGAUCAACUCCCAGCGAGAGGACAUUGAGAGACAGAGAAAGCUGCUGGCCAAGCGCAAGCCACCUUCCAUGGCCCAGACUCCACCCCCUAGCCUGGAACAGAACAAGCGCAAGAGCAAGACCAAUGGAACAGAGAGCGAAGCGUUAUCACAGGCAGAGUACCAUGAGCAAGAGGAAAUCUUCAAGCUGAGACUAGGUCAUCUUAAGAAGGAGGAGGCGGAGAUCCAGGCAGAGCUGGAAAGGCUGGAGCGAGUGAGGAACCUGCACAUUCGCGAGCUUAAGAGGAUCCACAAUGAGGAUAACUCCCAAUUCAAAGACCACCCUACGCUUAAUGACCGCUACCUGCUGCUCCAUCUACUUGGACGAGGAGGUUUCAGUGAAGUUUACAAGGCCUUUGACCUGACUGAGCAGAGGUAUGUUGCCGUCAAAAUCCACCAGUUAAACAAGAACUGGAGGGAUGAAAAGAAAGAAAACUACCACAAACAUGCAUGCAGAGAAUAUAGAAUUCACAAAGAGCUGGACCAUCCACGGAUAGUCAAACUCUAUGACUACUUUUCUCUUGACACUGACUCGUUUUGCACGGUUCUAGAAUACUGCGAGGGCAACGACCUAGACUUCUACCUGAAGCAGCACAAGCUAAUGUCUGAGAAGGAGGGUCGCUCCAUCAUCAUGCAGAUUGUCAACGCCCUCAAGUACCUCAAUGAGAUCAGACCGCCCAUUAUCCACUAUGACCUUAAACCUGGUAAUAUCCUCCUUGUGAAUGGCACAGCUUGCGGGGAGAUCAAAAUCACAGACUUUGGCCUAUCAAAAAUCAUGGAUGAUGACAGCUACAACUCAGUGGAUGGAAUGGAGCUCACGUCACAGGGAGCAGGGACAUACUGGUACCUGCCCCCAGAGUGCUUUGUGGUUGGCAAGGAGCCUCCAAAAAUCUCCAAUAAGGUGGAUGUUUGGUCGGUGGGAGUCAUUUUCUACCAAUGUUUGUAUGGCCGCAAGCCCUUUGGGCACAACCAGUCUCAACAAGAUAUCCUGCAGGAGAACACCAUUUUGAAAGCAACUGAGGUGCAGUUUCCCCCCAAACCAGUAGUCACACCUGAAGCUAAGGCCUUUAUAAGACGCUGCCUGGUCUACCGUAAAGAGGACCGCAUUGAUGUGCACCAACUGGCCAGUGAUCCUUUCCUCAUGCCCCACAUCCGCAAGUCAGUGGCCUCCUCAGGUACUUCGGGUAUGGCCAUGGCCUCCACCUCCAGCUGCUCCAACAGCAGCGCCUCAAAUUGAGCCUCAUUUGCCUCUCAAGUGACUGACCUAACGAAAGGGGGCUGUUGGGGGCUACACCUGAUCAAGUCCCGCACCGCAUCCCACCUUGCCCUGUUGAGUCCAAGAGAAUCCGCAGGGAAACCGGCAGAGGGUGGGUGAGAAGUCAUGGGCUGAGUGAAGAGGAUGACUAUGAACUUCCAUCCCCCAUGUCCACCAACCCCACCUCCCUGCCUUUUUACUGUAAGGGGUUGGCAUUGUUCUGGGGGUCAAAGCCCUAGACUACCCACACAGCAAGGAGCAGGGCAUGGCACUGCGUUUAUGGAAGAGUGGGCUUCAGUGUUGGGCAUAUUCUUCUGCAAAAAAAAAGAACAUAAAAGAAGUGUAGAACUGCUUCAGCUUUGCCAGAUGGAAUGGACUGUUGAAAGCCCCAUACCGACACAUAAACACACUCAUGCAUGCACCAUUCUGGUCCAAGGUAGUUUGAACUCCCCAAGUUCAAAGCUUUGGUUUGUACUUGGCCUCCUGAACCUGACUGAGUGUCGGGAGCACCGGUCUUGCCAGUUUCUGUACUGACCCUAAAUGUGUAUGGCACUCUGUCAUCCAACCCACCUGUUCUGGGAACUCCUUGCCCCACUUAUUAAAUUCCAGACCCAGAUAGUUUGUGACAAGGAGGGCAAAGUAGCCGUGCUUCCUUGUCUACUUGUCAAACUCCUGUGACCAAAGCUUGUAACUUCCAGUUGGUGGCAGUGUUACACCUCAAGUUUUUAUAAUGAAUUGGUUUUAAAAGUCUGUGUUACUAUGAAGUGGAAGCUUUGUUGAUGAAUGAUCCCUUCUACAUUUUUAACUUUUCAAUUCAACCAGUUUUAUGAAGAAAAUUGUGUUUUUCAAGUUGCCUUUGAUUAGAAUUGUUUUUACUUUGAUUGGCCCCCUACCAUGAAACACUCAUAUUUAUUUAGGUAUGUUUGAAUUUUUUUUGGCCAAUAAAAUGCAAGGGACUGGUUUACCCAGUAGUACUGUUGGGUUAUAUUGGGCCUUAGCAGAGAGUUGCA